CCCUACGACUAAAAUUCUCCCAUAUUCUAUAGUCAUGUUAGGCAGGUUCGAGAUUUAUUUUUGAACGAGAAGUUUGUUUGAGUAGUAAAGUAACGUUACUGCGUAUAAAGAAGAGCAGAAAGUUACUACUUAUGUAAAUAUUUGUGUCGCUCUUCUAGUGACAUAUAGUGCGAGGUCUGUUGCAUGAUGUAAAAAUAUAGGUUCGUUCGAGCACAUUGAAACAAUGGUUACGUGACAAAGUACUAGGUCAGUUACAUAAAAAUGCGAUGUAUUUGUUUUUUUGCGGUAUGCGACUAAUCUAUUUUGGAAUACGCCGCAUUAAUAAUUCAGCAACUUUAUCGUUGGAGUGAAUCAGUUCCGCGAAGAACGUAACGUGUUACUAGAUGGAGUUGAUGGUACGUGUUACGUAUCCACGUGAUACGAUUACGAAAAUGGAUAAUAUUUGGAACUACGCAAUAUUUUCAUUUGCGACCAUGAUCACUUUGUUUAUUAAUCAUUUAUCUUUUUUCAUUUCAUUAAUUUAAAAAUAAAUACAUUAAAAAUUUAUUUAACAUCAUAUCGUAGAUCGUAUAAUUAAUAUAAGAUGAACGAUGCGAUAUAAUAAUAUUAAUUAAGUAUAAUUAAUCACAUUUAAUUAAUGAGUCAACUAUUUCAAAACUAAAUGUACAUAAUAUUCUGGACAUUUUAAAUGCAUUAGGAGUUACGUAAUGAUUAAUCACGAUGUUAGCACAAUUAUGAUGCAACCUCUUACGAACUGUCACUAUAACGAAAUACCUGUAACAAAGAUUUAUGCCGAAAAUUUUGCACUUUGGAACGCCUGCGUUAAACUUAUAUCGAGAUGAUUGGAAUCGAAACAAUGAACAACUAUUCUAUCGAUCAAACAGUCAAUUCAUCGUUGCUCCUCCAUCCAACCCACUAACCAAAACUACAAUGGACAAACAAGAAAAAUAAUAUUCUCAAAAAAAUAGGGAAAAAUGUAGUUGAAUACAAGACAUCGUAAUUAAUCUAUUAACUCGGCAAUCAUACAACUGGAACAAAGCAAACGUAACUCACGAUGCAUAAAUUAGAUUCCACGGAUUUUGCAGACCACGUAAAGUUGCUAUUGGAGAUGAUGACAGGCAAUUCUAAGCAAGAAUCGGUGAACCACGAAAACAAGGACUAUAUUAUCAGCUCCGAUGAAUCAGAUAUCGAGAACGAAGAUAACGACAAGACAAAUGAAAACGAACAGAAUUUUGGAAAUGGACGUAAUUACGACACGAUUUUUCGCUUAAGCAAAUCCAAUGAAGAUCACGCGAGCAACAUGCGCAAACACUUAAAGCCGGACACUCGUAAAGAUGCCUGGAACGAUUUUGUGUUCGAGGACAAAAUGUACAGGGUAAUCCCUUUAAGAUUGGACGAAAAAAUAUUCAAAUCAAAAUACGCAACUUCUACUAAUAAGAGUCGAUUCAAGCAAAAUGAUAAAUAAUAAAAAAAAAAAACGGAAAAAGCAA